AUGGGCGACAAUCCCGAUAUAGAUAUCUCCCCACGAGAAGAACCACGCUCGUUUUUCGCUCGAGAUUCUGCAACCACCUCACCGAAUGAAAAGGAUGAUGGAGAUGCGGAGGACUCGGAUGCCAGAGGUCGACCUUCGAAAUGGAGCAUGGGGAUGUUAAAUGUGCCUGAUACUCAUGAAGUUCCUGGCUCGAUCCUCCUACUCACAGGCAAACGAAAUGAACCACUAGGUUUGCGAAAUGCCCCGGCUAGAACUUCGACCUCUACACUCCCACCUCAAACUCCCUAUGAUAGAAGUCGUGCAGCUUCAACUUGGUCCGAAAAGAAAUUGACAAAAGAUGGAUCAACGGUUUUGGAUCCUCAACCGGAAGAAUCUAGUAAUGACCCUCUAAAUUGGCCAAUGUGGAGAAGAGAUGCGGCAUUACUUUCCCUUGGAUUAUAUUGUAUGCUGGGAGGUGGUAUGACACCAAUUUUAGCUGCCGGAUUCACCAAUGUUGCAUCCACGUACGACGUUACAACCGCCGAUGUUGCACUUACAACUGGAUUGUACAUGAUGGGUCUUGGCGUUGGCUCAGUAUUUGCUUCACCUACAGCAAUCCUAUACGGAAAACGUCCAGUGUACCUUGGCGGAGCAAUUCUUUUCAUCCUCUCCUGUGUAUGGUGCGCUCUUUCACCUACAUAUAUAUCCCUUCUCAUAGCCAGGAUCGUUCAGGGUAUUGCACUUAGUCCAGUCGAAUGUUUACCAUCUGCUACAAUUGCCGAAAUCUUUUUCUUACACGAACGUGCUUAUCGUAUCGGAAUUUAUACUUUGUUACUUCUUGGUGGAAAGAAUUUGGUACCACUUGUCAGUGCCGCAAUUAUUGAAUCACUCGGUUGGAGAUGGGUAUUUUGGAUUGUUACUAUGAUUGGUGGCUUAUGUUGGAUACUUCUUUUCUUCUUUGUGCCCGAAACAUUUUGGGAUCGAACACCGCGACCUAAAAGAACCCGAUCUACAAGCCGAAGCCGAAAAGGUUCUAAUAUAUCACAAAUAAUCCAUCAACUCGGAGCGUUCAGACGUUUUUCAUCAUCCAAAGUUAAUGUAGCUCAUCAACUCGAUGGCAAUGAAGGGGAAACGCAACCGAUCAGAUCUCCUACAAUACAAUUGGGACCAGCAGAACCAACUCGAAGUAUGCACGUUGGUUUUGUUCCGGAUGAUAUGAAUUCGGAUUCGACUUCAACGAAGAAUGACGAAGUAGAAAAAGAAGAAAAAGAAGACGGAGAAGAUAAAGAUGCUAUUACAAGGCCUACGAGCCCUCUCACCAGACCCAAUCACUUACAACUUUCAGCUCACGCACGAGUAUCAUUUGACCCCAAUUCGACUCGAUCGACUAGUCGUGGUAAUGACUCUGAGCAUCAGGCUGAAUCCUCAACGACGCUACCAACUUUACACAAUUUCAACUCACCUUACUAUAGCGACAUCGAAAAGUUAGGAGGAAACUACGUCGAUCGAGGCCGUUCAAUCGAAAGACCCGAUCAUUUAGAUCAAACGCUCCAAAAUAUUGACGAGGGAGUUCUACUUCGUGAUCUAUCUUUAGGACCACAAUACACCAAAGAGCUUCGCGAGGCCCCAAGACAGACAUUUGUACAACAAUUAGGAGUCUGGAACGGUCGUUUGAGUAAAGAUAGAUGGCUUAUAGUAGCUAUUCGUCCAUUUAUACUCUUCACAUACCCGGCUGUUCUAUGGUCUUCUAUUGUAUAUGCUUGUUCAAUAGGUUGGCUCAUCGUUCUCUCCGAAUCCGUCGCCGUCAUCUACCGAACAAAAGAAACUUACAAUUUCUCUGCUCUCUCCACCGGUUUAAUUUAUAUCUCCCCCUUCAUCGGUGGUGUACUCGGUACAGCUGUUGCAGGUAAAGUAAGUGAUGUCAUUGUUCGUGCCAUGUCUCGCCGCAAUGGAGGUCUCUACGAACCCGAAUUUCGACUCAUAAUGGCAAUACCCGUUGCCAUCACCACGGUCAUCGGUCUCAUGGGUUUCGGCUGGUCGGCUCAAAAUCAUGAUAAAUGGAUCGUUCCUACGAUUUUCUUCGGCAUCAUUUCGUUUGGCUGUUCUCUAGGCUCUACAACGGCAAUUACAUUCUGUGUGGAUAGUUAUAGACAAUAUGCGGGAGAAGCAUUGGUGACGUUGAAUUUUACAAAGAAUAUCUUUCAUGGAUUGAUUUUCAGUCUGUUCUUUACGAAAUGGUUGGAGAAGAGUGGGAGUAAGAGUGUUUUUAUUUGGUUGGGCGUUAUUCAGUUGAUUUGCAUGGCGGCGAGUCUUCCGAUGUAUAUAUGGGGGAAGAGAGCGAGAAUGUGGACGGUUAGGAAGAAUUGGAUAGAGAGAUUUGGGGAGAGGUGGGGGAAGAGAGGUGUAUAA